UUGCUUCUACUUUCUUUAAGGUUGAAUCAUUUUUUGUUUACUAAUUGGAUUUUGAUUGUGAUCAUGAAGCUGCUUAAGCCCAUAUCUGUGUUGCGGCAAAGUAGGCGCCGACGAGGGUUCCGGGGUGUCAGCACAUGGUCCCCACUUGCAACUGCAUUCAACACACGUCCCAAUUCUAGGCCUAUGUUUGAUACUUUACGGGAAAGAACAGGUCUCUUUAACAAACCAGAGCUAACAAGUUUUGAGGGUUUCCACGCACUCAAGGAGCAAGCUAUUAUAGCAACAGACAGGCUUAUUGAAGAGGCUACAUCAGGCCCUACUAGGCCUAUGGUAGAAAUCUUUGAUGAACUCUCGGACACAUUAUGCAAAGUUGCAGAUUUAGCGGAAUUUGUGAGGAUUGCUCAUCCACAGCCACAUUUUACGAGUGCAGCUGAAGAUGCCUGUAUUAGUGUCAGUGGAGUUGUAGAAAAAUUAAAUACGCACAAAGGUCUUUACGAAGCGUUACGUGAUUCGGUCAGACGCGGUACAUCUGGUGACCAACAUCUAGCUGAAUUAUUCUUGUUUGACUUUGAGCAGAGUGGAAUACAACUUGAAGAUGGUCCCAGGAAGAGAGUUGUGGCACUUAAUGACCUUAUUCUUCAAACAGGACAGAGGUUUAUGGCUGGUGCUGCUAAGGCGAGAAAAGUGCCAAGAUCGGUUGUUCCUCAAAAUGUUAGACAGUUUUUCAGUACGGAGGGCGAGAGCGUAAUAGUAAGUGGGGUUUAUGCAGAAUGUGGAGAGGCUGCGGCGCGAGAAGCCGCUUAUCGCCUGUACUUGGCUCCAGAUCCCCACCAGGAACGUCUCUUGUCUACUUCACUGCAAGCUCGCCACGAAUUGGCAACGAUUUGCGGCUUCCAGAGCUAUGCUGAUAGAGCAAUAAAGGCUAGUACAAUGGAAAACGCAGCAAAUGUACGAAAAUUCCUUGACAUUCUUUCUGAUAACCUAUAUGACAGAGCUAAAAUGGAUUUUGAUGCCAUGCUCAAAAUGAAGAAGAAGGAAACUCCUUACCAGGAUGCCCUUAUGUGUUGGGACACUCCUUAUUUUACGCAUAAGGCCAAGACACAGCUGCUCAAUGUAGCUAAUUCAGAUUUCAGUCCAUAUUUCUCCUUGGGCGGAUGUAUGGAAGGCUUAAAUAUGCUUUGCCAAGAGUUGUAUGGUAUUAGCUUAAAAUCGGAAGAAAUGUUGCCAGGCGAGUCCUGGUCACCCGAUGUUUAUAAGUUGGCGGUUGUGCAUGAAACCGAAGGAUUAUUGGGUCAUAUAUACUGUGACUUGUAUGAGAGGCCUGGGAAGCCACAUCAGGACUGCCAUUUUACUAUUCAAGGUGGCAAAUUACUUCCAGAUGGCACUUAUCAGAACCCGAUAGUGGUGAUAAUGCUGUCACUGAGUGGCGGACACCGGUCGGGGCCGGCGCUGCUGUCGGCGGGCGCGGUGGACAACCUGUUCCACGAGGCGGGGCACGCGCUGCAUUCCAUGCUGGGUCGCGCGCGCCACCAGCACGUGGCCGGCACGCGCUGCGCCACCGACCUGGCUGAGGUGCCCAGCGUGCUGCUCGAGUGCUUCGCCUCGUGCCCGCAGGUAGUACGGCGGUUUGCACGACAUUUCCAAACGCGAGAGCCCAUGCCCGAAGAUAUGCUACAGAGGUUGUGCGCUUCAAAGCACUUAUUUGGCGCUAGUGAAAUGCAAUUACAAGUAUUUUAUUCGGCACUUGAUCAGCAGUACCACGGACCUGACGCCGUUUUUGGCGGCUCCACUACGGACAUAUUGAAGCAAGUGCAGAAACAGUAUUACGGACUGCCAUAUGUCGAAAACACGGCGUGGCAGCACCGGUUUAGCCACCUGGUGGGUUACGGAGCGAAGUACUACUCAUACUUGAUCUCUCGGGCGCUGGCCUGGAGUGUAUGGAGUCAGCGUUUCUCUCUUUCUCCACUCAGCCGAUCAGCUGGAGAGGACUUCCGGCGAGGGGUACUGCAGCAUGGCGGCGCAAAACCACCACAGGAACUGCUUCGCGACUACCUGGGUAUGGAGAUCACACCAAACGCCCUAGCUAUGGCGUUAACAGAAGAGCUAGACUAUCAUAAAGAAAAUCUAGAUAGAGUAUUUAAAAUUUCUGAGAAGUGA